CAGCUUCCUUCACAAAAUGUAAACAAAAACUUAGAAGUUUUACAUUUUAGCAAUUGUAGGAUUCCUCUUUUGUCUUUAGGAAAAUACCACAAGCCAGUUUACCCGCUAGACUCUUGUUUGUUUUGGUUGAAACAAACAAGAGUACCCAGAAUGCCAUGCACCGUUUUCCACUUCCUGCUUUUGGAGCGGCCUUCGGUCCGCUUGGUGUUCAUAUAUGCAUUCAAACACGUCCGAUCAAACCGAGGAGGUUUUUAGGUUCGCUUUUUUGGUCCGCAUCAGACAAACGAACCGAACUUUCUAAGCAAACGAACUGAUUAAAAAGAACUAAACUAUCUGGUGUGAGGAAACAACCAUAAAACUUAGAUGAGGCCGACAACAGGCGCCAUGCUCCAGCAGAACAACAACAACAACUACCCCUGCCUGGGCAUGUCGGACUGUCCCCAGGAGAUGCUCCAGAGGUGCUCCAGAACCUCGCUGCCCUUCCCCAGCCGAGUCGAGCUGGGCCUGAGAGACCUGCCGCUGAUCCGCGGCCUCCGAGCCUGGGCGCUGUGCUCCAGGAACCGCCGCAAAGCCGGCGGUCUGCUCGGUGGAGGUAAACCUCCAACUGCCCCGCCGCUGGGAGGCAGAGGGACGUCGACGUCCUGCCCGAGGCCUGCCGACGUGUACCUGAGCGGAUACGGGCUGCCGCUGGGCGUCGACGCCCGGCAGGCCGGGAUCGGCGCGUUGGUAACGGUCGCCACGCUGAAGACGUCGGAAGGCGGCGGGAAGACGCAAACGCAAUGCCUUUUCCUCCGGACGGAGAAAGGAAGCUGUUUAUACUCAACCACCAAGCCUGGUUCCGGUUCGACUUCCAGCACGGUCGGAGAGUGGUUGAGAGGAAAGCGAGAAGGAUUAGGAGGAGGCGGAAGUGCGGAGCCGCCGCCGACAGAGGCCGCAGCGAACCGGGUCAGGGUGCGGUCCGGCCGGAGGUUUAGGAAGUCCGGCAUUGGCUGGGAGAGGGGCUUCAAAACGGCUGAAGGAAAGCAGUCGGAGAGAGUCGAUGUUCCACCCGAAACCCGCACUCAAAAAAACAGCAAAGAUGAUCGAGAGGAAGCCGAAAGUCCGACAAGAAGAACGGCGAUUGAGCUGGAGCUGGACGGGAAGGAAGCAGAAGAGUUGGACUCUAAAAACGACUCGGCUGUUGAUGGAGAGAAACUAUCCGAAAGACUUCAGGAGAGGCAAAAUUCCCCCAUUCCUGACAGCAAAUCUAAACAAAACGAAGCAGAACCACACAAGGAAAUGGUGUUGAAUUCUGUGGAGUCCUCCAUUCCUUUAGGGGGCGCUGGACCAAAUGCAGAAGAAGAAAUACAGUUAAAUGCUGUGGAGUCCUCCAUUCCUGUUGGGGGCGUUGGACAAUACGCAGAAGAAAUACAGUUGACUUCCGUCAAGUCCUCCAUUCCUGUAAGGGGAGCUGAACAAAACCCAGAAGAAGAAACGGAGCAGGAAGUACAGUUGAUUUCUGUAGAGUCCUCCAUUCCUGUAGGGGGUGCUGAUCAGGACAUAAUCCGGGUUUAUUCAAACCAAAACCAACGUAAAGUUGAACAUGAAGAGGAAACAAAUAUUAGCAGCGAUGAGGAAACCAGAGAACCUCAUGUUUUCCAAAAACGUGAGGAAAUCAACAACUUUCAGGAGGAGGAAGUGGUUUUCUGUUCACCUGUCAGACAGAAAAAUCUCUCAAUUUCUGAGAAAUCAGAGAAACUAAAGGAUGAGUGCACCUGUGGGAAGCAGGAGGAUGAAGAGGAAAACACAUCUACCUUGGUUUUUAAUGCCUCCUCUAAUCCUGCCCCUUCUCUGGCUUCCAUGGCGACCAGUGGGGAGGAAGAGGAGGAGGAGGAAGGCAGCCAAAAACAGAGCAGGCGUCCAACUGGAGAGCUGGAGGAGAAGGCAGAGGAGGUGAGGGUCUCCUCCACUGAGGAGGAAGAAGAGGAUGAGUUUGGGGUCUUCAUGCAGGCGGAGGGAGACCCAGUCUGGAGCGACGGGGUCAACAUGUCCGCCUCGGAAACGUCUGGGAGCAGAGCGAGAACUGCAGCAGGUGGAGACGACACCUGGACGGCCUUCCCUCAGGAGCCGACAGGUGAGAGUGGAGGUGGCGUGGAGCGAUGGUGGCCGGCCAACGCCGUGGAGGCGAGGAGAGACGGACCGCCAACCAAUCACAGCCUGGUGGCAGUCUUUGCUGAAGCCUUCCCCUCGCUGCCCGGUGUUUCCCCUGGUGACCCCUGUGACCUGGAAGCCUUUCCCACGCUGACGCAGCUCCUGCGCGGCCGAGCCAGACAGGAUCAGGGGCUUUUGGACUCUUUCCAUGAUUUGAACAAAAUGAUCGACCAGAGCCACAAGAGAUCCAGCAGCGCGUCUCAGAACCUGCUCGUCCAAACUCUGCAGCUGCAGCCGCCGCUUCCUGAAAGCAGAUCUACUUCCUGGUCGACGAACCGCCGCCUGUCCCCCGGUCUCUCCUCGGCCAAUCAGCACGUAGCCGCCAAGCGCCGGCUGUCCUACGACUACAACAGAAACGUGGUGGCGUGACGCUGCGGCGCGCUUUUAAGGAUCAUGUUUCCUCCCCUGUUCGCCCAGCAGACUGAGAGACGCUCUCUGGAAAACAAAACGGCCGCUGGUCCAGAAACGACGGCGGAGCGUCUUUGUUUCCCUCCAUCCGCCAUCUUGUUCCUCAUCCUGAGGUGACCUGUUGACCCCAGCAGACCCACGGCGCUCGCCACCAUGUUGACUAAACAGACGAGCAGGAACAUCAACAAGAUUACAUUCCAAUAAAGCGAAUGGGAUUUUC